AUGGCUGAGGAACACGUUCCUGUUCGUUGGGUCCGCUGGCACCCUUACGCUCAUAGCAACGCUGAUGGAGCUACUGACGCCGGCAGCAUCAUCUAUCUCCCCGUCUUGGAUGAUGGGGGACCGUUGUCUGCCGGAGCCUCGGAUACUGAGUCAGCUGGUGCAGCUUACCGCAAUGGGUCUCUGAAUAUCGAGGCCCAAGUCCGCCUGCUAAUGUUCUUGACAAACCCGAACAACAAUCUGGAAGGCUCGCCAGUUACUCCUCCUUCUGAUGAGGUGCUUAUGGCAAGCCCCAUUGCCCCUCUGACUCCCGAGCUCGCGGAGGGGGCGAGCCCUGUUCCUCAGACUACGACUGUCCAGGCCUCGAUUGUCUCUCGCACUCUGAGGAGCUCUCCUCCGACGGUUCCUAUCCUUGCGCACCCUGUCCCCCGUGGUGCGCAACCCGUCCAGACUCCCGACAGGCACAUCUCGUUUUCAAUUCCUCGCAAGCCUAUUGGCUCUACUCCCAAGAAGUUCGUUCGGCCUCCGAGCCCUUAUCCUGGCAAGCCAGCGCCGAUCGACUACAAGAAAUGGGAAGAAAAGUUCAAAGCACUCCAGGAGCUGCAGGAGCAGGAAAUACGCGACCAGCACAAGGCCAAGAAGCCACUCCGCGCGUAUCUUCCUUGGAAUCCCAGGAACACGAGCUUGACGACACUGCUGCCUCCUAAAACUAUCAACGCCACGGGAACCAUCAACAAGCCCAACACCGAGGAAAGAACUUACGUCACUGGCCUUCCUCUGAUCUUCAUCAUUGUCGCCUUGAUGUUGGCGAUCUUCCUUAUGUCGCUAGAUCGCACUAUCAUCUCAACAGCGAUCCCUUACAUCACACACGAGUUUCACUCGACCCCUCACAUUGGCUGGUAUGGGUCAUCCUAUCUCCUGACGGCCUGCACAUUCCAGCCGAUGUUUGGCCGCAUAUUUACCCUCUUUGAGGUCAAAAAGGCCUAUCUGCUGGCCCUUGGUGUCUUCAUGCUGGGGUCACUGAUUUGCGGCAUCGCAUUCAACUCAACCACCUUGAUCGUGGGACGUGCCAUCGCCGGCUUUGGUAGCGCCGGUAUCACAACCGGUAGCUUCGUUGUCGUAGCAGAGGCCGUUCCCUUGCAAUCACGGCCUAUUUUCAUGGCGCUAGUCGGCUUGAUGUUUGGUGUCGGCGCAACUGCCGGACCCUUUUUGGGCGGCUUUUUUACCGACUUCGCCACAUGGCGCUGGUGCUUCUUCAUCAACCUGCCGAUCGGGGCCGUCACAGCCAUUGCUCUGGCGUGCUUCUUCAGAUCCAAGCCAUCCAAGCACUCCGGCCAGUCCAUCAAGAAAAGAAUAGCCAGCCUGGAUAUCACCGGCAACAUCUUGCUGACGAGUGCCUCGGUCAUGCUCUUCCUGGCCCUCUCGUUCACGUCUCAGGGCAGGGCGUGGUCGAACAAGUCAGUGGUGGCCUUGCUCAUAGGCUGCUUCUUCACUGCGCUUGCGUUCGUCUUGGUGCAGUGGUUCAAGCAGGAACGAGCGUUGAUGCCGCCGAGAAUUCUCAACCAGCGCACCGUCUCAGCGUCCUGCGGCAUGGCGCUGAUGACAUAUGGUGCCCUCAUUAACAUGACAUUCUUCCUUCCAGUCUGGUUCCAAGCAAUUAAGGGAGUCACUGCCACGAGAUCGGGUGUCUACAUGAUCCCGUACUUCGUGGUAAACGGUCUCUUCUCAAUCCUAGCCGGAAUUUUCGUCUCGAAGAUCGGCUACACGACUCCCCCGGCUGUGGUGGGGAGCGCCGUUGGUACCGUUGGCGUCUCCUUGAUCACCUUGCUGCGCCCUGAGACGUCCACGCUCCAGUGGGUGGGCUACCAGAUCGUUCUCAGUGCCGGCUUUGGCAUGUCAAUCCAGCAAGGUUUUACCUCGGUCCAGACCGUUCUUGUGGGAGAUGACGUUUCGAUUGGCACUGCCGCCGUCAUCUCUUCCCAAUCCCUCGGCGGUGCGCUGUUCCUCUCGAUCGGCAACACCAUCUUCCAAAGCCGCCUCAUCAAGGCUUCUUCACAACACCUCAUCGACAUUGAUGUCAAAGAACUUAUCGACGGUGGCGCCGCUGCCUUCCGGAACUUGGUUCCGCCAGACAAGCUCCCGACAGUGCUCAAGAUCUACAACAAAGCGCUCACCGAUGUCUUCACUAUGUCGAUUCCUCUUGGGAUUCUGUCUGCCCUUAUGGCUUGCUUCAUCGAGUGGAAAUCGGUGAAGAAGCCGGCAGCAAAGGAUCAGGAAAGUGGGGAUGGGACUAUAAUUGGUGUUGAGAAUGUGAACUCAAAUGCGAGUUCAGAUGAGAAUGGAAUUAGGAAUGAGAAUGCGAGUUCCGAGAACUCUGGAACUGAGAACAAUGCCUAG